AAUGAAAAUGUUGCUAUGGAAAUACACAAUCGCGUAACGAUAGUCACAAUUUUGUUCCAUUUUUAGGAAUAUAAACUUAUCUCGGUUUUUCAGAAUGUCUGUGGAGACUGUGAAUCAUAAAUUUGUAAAACUUUGUGUUCUGUUGGAAUCGGAAGAAAAGAAGCGACGUGUACUUGGCUUGAAAGAAAUUCUACAAAUUUUAGAAUCACCACCAUCCGAAAGUGAAAUUAUUGAGUUGUGGAAUGCUGUCAACAAAUCAUUACAUAAAAUUUUAACUGAUGCUGCUGAAAUUUGCCGUGACAAUGUUCUAGAAAUUUUUCAAUUAUUUAUAGCUAAUUUAACGCCACAUGAUAAUUACAUUUUGUAUUUACUUCCAAUUUUAUCAAGACGACUAGGUUCACAGGAACUAAUAGAAAGUUCAGAAGAAGUUAGAUUGAAAUGUGUUACAUUAUUGAAGCUCUUAAUUUUGAAAUAUAAACACUUAUUGGCAUCGUAUAUUGACGAUUUAAUUAAAAUAUUAAUACGUACUAUAUCAGAUAAUUAUCCACUAGUUAAAAGAGAAAGUUGUGCUUGUGUAUCUGAAUUUGCUAAAAAUUUGUCAAGACAUUUUUAUGCUCAUUCUGAGAAAUUUGUGACGCCAAUUUUGGGAAAUUUUUCACACCAACAUUAUAGAGUUAGAAUUGCUUCAAUUAAAUCUAUUGGAGAUUUGAUUCAGUAUGGAAAUAGUAAAUGUAUUGAAAAUGUGGCUACUCCUUUAGCUGAAAGAUUAUUCGAUCAAAAUGGGCUCAUUAGAACUGCUGUAAUAGAAGUAGCAGGUCACUGGCUCUUAAAUUUGAAAGAUCGGUAUAGUUGGUGGCAUAAAAUUCUUCCACUGCUUUUAUCAGGCCUUCAUGAUGAAUUACAAGAACUUAGAGAAAAGGCUGAAAGUCUUUGGAAUGCUGUAGGGGAAUUAUAUAUAACAGAAAAUCAGAAUGAUGAAAAGCUCAAGGAUAAAAUGGAUUUUCUUAUCAAAGCGCCUCAUCAUUACCCUAAUAUUGCCAGGCCAAAUUUAGGGUGUCGAAUAAUAGCACAGCAAACUUUCAGUAAAUUGAUUAAUGGAAUUAAUUUAGAGUUAGGAGAUUGGAUGGCAGACAUAAGAGUGAGAUCUGCACAGUUACUUUGUGUAUUUAUUUUAAAUAUAGAAGAAGAUGUAACACAACACAUUGAAAAACUUUUACCAUCUAUGUAUCGAGCCUGUAAUGAUGACGAUAUUAGAGUUGUAGAAAACAUAGAAAAAGCAGCAGAAUAUUUAGGAUAUUUUGUACAUCCUGAAAUCUACUGUCGUUUAAUACUUCCUACACUCGAAGAAUCUCCAUCAGUUGGUCACUUAAGAGUAUUUUCUGCAAUCCUAAGAAGUAGUGAAUAUUCCACACUUCUUCCAUCAUUGGAAAAAAUUGGGAAAUUCAUGCAGCAGUCAUAUAUUUGUCAAAGUAAAAAGACAGCAUAUCAACAACAAGUUUUUUCUUGCUGUGAUUCCUUAAUUUCAGUAUGCAAGGAGGAUUGUAAAAUUAUAUCAAAGGAUUUAUUCAUAGUAACAUUCACUGUUCUAUCAAUGGCAAAAGAACAUACAAUUGAGUUAAAAGCAAAAGAACUUUUAAAUACUAUUGCACAUAUCAAUGGCUUCGACAAUAUGGAAAGUCUCUAUUAUGAAUAUAUUGAAGGGUUCAAUUCAUUAUUCUCCAACAGUAAAUCAUGGUCAAUCUAUAAUCCCGAGUCUCAAAUUUUUUGUGCAUGCUUAAGUUAUGUUAAAACAGUUCUCAAUUUUAACAUGAAUAUUAUGCUGCCAAUUUUAAAACAGACUAUGGCAAAUGACGCUGAUCCUGCACUACGAUUAAAACAUUUCAUUUUAUUAUCGGAGUAUUUUAAUCAAGGAUCUUUACAUGAAAUUAUAGAUUUAAAUUACUGUUAUCAAUUUUUGGAGAAUUGUAUAUUUCCUGCUUUAAUUUGGAGUGCAGGAAAAACUGCUGAAGCUAUACGUACUGCAGCCGUAUGUUGUCUGUGUGCUUUCUUAGAGAAAUAUAAAGCAGACUGUCUAUUGGAGAAAGAUCAAUGUUUAUCAGAAAAAAAUAUUCCUUCAGCAUUGGAUAAAAUAAUUCCUACUCUCAUUAGUCUAGCAGAUGACAAUUCUAAAAAAAGUAGACUAUAUUCUUUAAAGGCUCUAUAUUUGAUAGUGUGCAUCAGAAAAAGAUCUUGUAACAUCACUGAAGAAUUUAUACACAAAAUGUAUCCUGUACUUUUAAAAAGACUAGAUGAUGGAUGUGACAAUAUUAGAUUGGCAUCUAUGGAAGUUCUAGUAAAAGUUUGGAGUUCUAUACCUGAGGAUUAUAAUUUACAUUUCAAUAAAGCUCAUGUAGAUACUUUAUAUACUACAACUAUAAUAUAUUUAGAUGAACCGGAAAGUGAAUUUCAGAAAUAUAUACUAGAUAGUUUAAAAGAAUUGGCGAAAGUGCAUCCAGAACUACUGUAUGAAAAGCUUCACAACUGCAAAACAAAUUUUAGGAAUCAAAAGGGCAUGGAAAUACUUUUAGAACAUUGUCAAUAUAUUUUAGAAAAUAAUUUAAAGAUGUCAGAGUCGAAUGCAGAUCACAUAGACACUGUGGAAGAGGAAUUGGAAGUAGAAUCUAAUUACAGACCUCCUCCAGAGAAAACAAUUGAACAGAUUUUAGAAACAGACAAAGAAGAUGAAAGUUUACGUAAAUAUAAAGAAACACUUUUAGGAGAAGCAAAGUCUGGUGGUAUUGUUGUAGAUCCUAAUGAUCCAAGGAAGGUAAUAGUAAAAAAAUUAGCAUUAUGUGUUGCGGACCGACCAGAUAUGGAAUUGGAUUUAACGGGUGAUCUGUCUCAAUUGAAGAAACAAACAUUUGUAAUAAAAGAGGGCGUUAGUUAUAAAAUAAGGAUUGACUUUAUUGUGCAGCGUGAAAUUGUGCAUGGUUUAAAAUAUGUUCAAAAGACGUAUCGGCUUGGAGUACCUGUGGAUAAAAUGAUGCAUAUGGUUGGUUCUUACCCACCAAAAACAGAAGUGCAAUCAUACACAACUCCAGCAGAGGAUGCACCAGCUGGAGUAAUGGCGCGUGGUGCCUAUAGUGUAAGCUCCUUGUUUACUGAUGAUGACAAGCAUGAACAUCUAAAGUGGGAGUGGUCGUUUGAAAUUAAGAAAGACUGGAAAGAAUAAGCUUCCUUUCAUAACUGGGAGCCCUAUAAUGAUCGCAAUUAAAAUAAAAAUGCCAAAAGGGACUCUAAUUUUGAUAGCUAUUCAACCGUAAUGCGAUGCCAUAACUGUAUUUUUUAAGUAAUAAGAGAAAGAGUAAUGUUGAUAUUUA